AUGUCUACAGUAAAACUUAGUUCAAUCAAUCAACGCCUUACAAGGUUGUUAGAGGAACGCGAAAAAGAAUUGUCAAUAAUUAAACAAAACCAAUUGCCUAUUUAUAAGCCAAAAAAUCCAGAAGGUUGUUAG